AUGGCUUCUCUUGGCAUUAGUAACAAUGAAAUGUCAUUUAACCAUAUAGAGAUUCCUAUACAUUCUAAUGAUAUAGAAUCGGAGCUAGGCCAAGUCCCAGAAGAAAAAAACAUUGACUACUCUCAAAGGGCACAGUGGCUUCAUGCAUCUGUGUUGAGAGCCAAUGAUGGGUUGGUCUCAGUCACAUCACUAAUGAUGUGUGUUGGAGCUUUGACUGAAGACAUCACAACCAUGCUUCUUGCUGGCUUUGCCGGACUUGUAGCAGGGGCUUGUACUAUGGCAAUUGGAGGCUUUAUAUCUGUGUACACUCAGUUAGACAUAGAAAUAGCUCAAAUGAAAAGUGAAAGAGAAAUCAACAAUAACAAAGAGAAAGAAGUGGAGGAAGAUGAAAAGCUUGCUAACCCUUUUCAGGCUAACAUAGCAUCAGCAAUUGCAUUUUCUGUUGGUGCUGUGGUGCCACUGCUAGCAGCAGCAUUCAUAAGGGACUACAAGAUCAGGCUGGCCUUUGUUGCUGCUCUAGCUAGCUUGGCAUUGUUGAUAAUACUUGGUAAAACUCUAGUGAGGAGUUAUGGUCAGAGUGUUGAAUGGAGGUUGGAUGACUAUGGCUAUUACUUUUGGCUUUGA